CAGGUCAGCGUGUGGAGCGUCAGCUCUGCGGCCUGGCUCCGGGGCAUCGUGGACGCCGUGUACCCGGUCGCCACCGACGCGGACGGCUUCGACAUGCCCGCGGGCACCGUGAAGGUGCUGGCGGACGGUGCGGUGAAGUACGUCAAGGCCCACGACAUGGCCAGCCGCCUGGCGAAGAGGCCCUGGGCCUUCGAGGAUUUCAGCCCCGGCGACCGCGUCCUGCACUGGAGCUCCACACAGCAGGCUUGGCUGGACGGCACGGUGCAGGCGCUGUUCACGACGGCCGAGAAGGACGACGGCUACAGCGUUCCAGCUGGCGCCAUCAAGGUCCUGGCCGAGCAGGGCAGCAAGUACGUGCGCUCGGAGAUGAUCGCCUCGUGCCUGCGCCAGGCGCCCCGCGGGGCGCAAGCCGAGAGGAGCCCGAGCGCCCACAGCCGGCGCGGCGGGCGCGGCGCCUCCGGCGGCGGCGCCCCGCGGAGCGGCCG